AUGGCCAUCGCUUUAAAGACCGAAUGCUUCCCCGCAUCAGCAGAAUCAAAAGCGUCCGGCACACACAACCUACGAGUCGAGAAGAUUGCGAUGGACAACGAUGACACUGCGAGCACACUAGAGAAAUCGCCACAAGGAACUUCCUCAGAAACAAGCCACUAUGCGCCCAACCAAAUCCCUAAUCGCCGAAAACGAGUGCUACUCUCGACCGAAAGUGCCUUCGCAGCCAACUUUUUACCGCCGUUGAUACAAAGCUCAGAGGUCGAACUGCGCCUGAUUACCGAUGAAGAGCCGUCGGCGAUACUCACGGGAGCGAGCAAGGUGCCACACUAUAUGGAUUCGGUGGAUAACCAUACCUUUGACAGCAGGACUGGUUCACGGAAAUGGCUAAGAGUCAAAGCAGCAGAGCUGAGCGAAUGGGCCGACCUUCUCAUCGUGGCUCCGAUUGACGCGGGUACGCUGGGCUCUAUACUCUACGGCCUAACAAACACUUUAACGCGUUCGCUUCUUCGAGGUUGGGACUUGAAGAAGCCGGUUAUCCUUGUUCCUGGGAUGACUGUUUCGGAAUGGAAGAAUCCGCUUACCAAGUGCCAACUGGAUGCGCUUGCCCGGGAUUGGCCCUGGAUUUUCACCAUAUCGCCUCUUUUGUGGGAGCUUACGGGACCGGAGGAACUGACAGAACUGCCAUGGGAAGGCAAGGAGUGCUUUGAGGAACUGCUUCACAAGACGCUCGGAUUAACGCCCAUUUCGGCAGCCCGUUCAAAGCCAGUCCCCCCUCUAUCAGAGAAGCUCGAAUCUAGCCAAAGCAGUAGCUCCCUCGCAAUUCCAAAGCUCUCUCAGCAAGCUGCCAAAAGCCUUGACGAGUCGCGAAAUGGACGUCCCAAAUCGUUGCCGCUGGAGCUCUGGUUGAAUAUUUUUGAAGACCACCUUAGCGACUGGGAAAUUGCGAAGGCAGUAGGUAUCCCAACAAGGCUUCCUGUGCCCAAACAGUGGCAGCCCCAUAUUCUGAAAAUGUCUGCGCCUGCCUCUCUCGAAUAUACAAUUCUCCGGGGCUCGUUCACUGCCAUCACAUCCAAGAUCAAAGAGCUCACACCUUAUACACCCUUGCCCAACCUGGCAUGCCAUUUAAUCAUCAAAUUCUCGCGAACCGACAUCUUGACGUACUUGCUAGAAAAGCACCCCAGCCUCUACAGCACAACCACACGCUUCACAAACCUGCCGUAUCUCGCCUCUGCAACGUACGGAAACCCCGCUAUUUUAACAUGGUGGCGCGAUUCAUCAGACUCGUCGACAAAGGAACACAGCGCCGAUGCCAUAGACGGAGCAUCCCGUUCGGGUCAUACCAACGUCCUAGACUGGUGGCUAUCAUCCGGCCUACCACUCCGAUACACCGAGCGCGCUCUAGAAUCCGCCAGCGCCGAGGGCCGAGUCGAAGUUUUGGAAUGGUGGAAACAAGCAGCCGCAUCGAAGAAGAAGCGCAUACAACUCAAAGUUGGCAAGUCUGUUCUUCUCGCCGCCCAGUCCGGACAGACCGAAUCCCUCGCAUGGUGGGACGCAUCGGGGAUUCCAUACACACAUUCCGAAUCCGUGGCACGCAUCGCCAGCACCCACGGCCACCUACACGUUUUGCAGCUCUGGCAGAAACUCAAAGGCGCCAAAAUGAUUUUUGACAACCAGGUUCUUGUCGGAGCUACAAAGAACGGGCACGACGAGAUCCUAGAAUGGUGGCGCACAAGCGGCCUGCGCGUCGAGUUCAAAACUUGUGACAUUGAAGAAGCGCUCGAAGACGCAGACCCGGCCUCUGGCGCAGAGCAGCGUGUGAGGCAGUGGUGGUCGCGCAACGGGCUCAAUCUGGGUGUUGGCACGAGCGAGUGGAUGAAAGUGAAGGUUUUGAGUUGA